AUGGUGCUUCGGAAAGAAGAAAGGCCCGGGACGCCAGCAGACCUCGUACCGGCGCCACUCUCCAAAGCGAGCCCUCCAUAUCCUUCAACACCUCCCAACGAACAUCCGCCUGCCCUUCCUUCUAGUGCACACGGCACGCCUUAUUCAUCAGCUCCGAACAAGUCGCCGGCCUUCAACAUCAAGACACCAGAUGAGAUAAAAAAGCAGCCACGCAACGAGGAUAGCGACUCAGACUACAGCGAUGACGAGUGGGACAGGUCCGACGACGACGAUUUCGAGCAAGUCCACGCCAAGGAUGUCCCAGAUGCACUGAAACCGGCAGGAGGGAAGGCGCCCGUCACGCCCAAGACAUUGCCCGACGCCUUGCGGCCAGGGCCGCCAGCAGGCAUACCCAUAAAGCGAUCCAUGGACAACAUAUCGCCCAUGCCGACCGGUGCCAGCUCUGCCUCGUAUGGCGCGAUGAGCGCAGUAUCCGAGCAGUCGAAUGGAUCAAUUCCCUUGCAAACAAACAACCCAUACCUCAAAGCGCAACAAACUGGGCAAAGCAACUGGGGGAAUGAAAGCAGUCAGCAAGUGUGGGGCGAUUCUCCGGCCCAGACUGCCAAAUACGACCCUGUCGAGCUUCCUGCUUUCCAGACACCAACCACACCCUCGCAUGACAUGUCGUACCUCAACUUGGGCAAGAAGGAGUCGCUGGAUCAGCCACCGCUGAUUGCUAUCAAAUCUGCCACACCGUUGGCUCUGGACUUCCCGGAUACACACAAAAAGCAGAAGCACGCCAUGCCAUGGCCUGAAGAGGAGGGGUGGGGGGCUGGCGAGCACAAAUCAAACACUGCGCAGCAAGCUCCAGUUGAAGCAAGAAUUGAAGAUCAACCGCUCCGAAAAAUGUCCUCGACGAACCCUUUCGUUCCUUCGCCACCAUCCAGUCUUCCACCUCCGUCUGCUACCGUCGAUGGAGAGCUGCCUCCAGCACUCCCUCCACGCAGAUCGCAUGAAGCGAUGGUCCCGUCAAUGCCUCCGCGACCGAUCGACACUGGCGUAGGGACUGCCACCUCACCCGGCCCAGAGUCGCCCAACACAAAGAUGAACAGGCAGCGCAAGGAGCACUAUCAGAUCAAACAUAUUCGAUGGCAUGAUGUCAACAAGCCAGGAAUCCGCACGUCACCAAUCUUGACUCAAAAUCUGAAUGGCCCAUGUCCGCUGCUUGCACUAGUCAACGCGCUUGUGUUGUCAACGCCAUCAGGUAUCGAGACCGCUUUGGUAGAAACACUGCGCACACGCGAGCAAGUCAGUCUAGGCUUGUUGCUCGAUGCUGUAUUCGACGAACUCAUGUCAGGGAGACGAGGUACAGCUGCGCAAGAGUUGCCUGAUGUGAGCGACUUGUACAAGUUCUUGCUCACUCUUCACACCGGUCUGAACGUCAAUCCGAUGUUUGUACCGGACGAAGAUGCCACUAAUGGCAACACCACAUCUCCAACUCAAAUAAGCGGAAGAGUCGGAGGCUUUGAGAAUACUCCUGAUAUGAAGUUGUACCGGACAUUCAACAUCCCUCUCCUCCACGGGUGGCUGCCAGAGACCAACUCUGAAGCGUUUGCAGCGUUCAAUCGAGUCGCGAAGACGUACGAGACGUCGCAGUAUGUCCAGUUCCAAGAAGAGGAACUCGACGCGAAGCUACAAUCUGGCGAAGCCUUGACCCCGGACGAGCAGCAGAUGUUCACCGACAUCCAUUCCAUCAAGGAGUUUCUCAAUCGCUGGCCUACUCAGCUGACAGACUUCGGCUUGCAGAGCGUGAGGGACAGCAUUCAGCCGGGUCAAGUCGCUAUUUUGUUCAGAAAUGAUCACUUCUCGACGUUGUUCAAAGAUGCACGCACGAACAGACUCUUCACCCUUGUCACAGAUCAGGGCUAUUCCGGUCACGACGAGAUCGUAUGGGAAUCGCUUGUUGAUGUAAAUGGCCAGGGAAGUGAACUUUUCUCUGGCGACUUCCGCCCUGUUGGUAACACCAGCAUGGCUUCGCAGCAGGGCCAGCAGGUUCCUGGGCAGAACAAGAGGACCACGAUCUCGCAUUGGCACUGCAGCUACAAGAGGAAGAAGAAGACCGGCAGCGACGCGAAGCUGCACAACGACAGCGGGAUGACCAAGCGUCCUCACAAGCCCGACCCAACAAUCGCCGCACAUCACGAGGCGAGAAUCCGCCAGUCAUCCCGCCACGCCGCAACAACAUCACAACCCACCGGCCAGCUGGCGAGCCUGCACCACCGCCGACCUACGAGGAAGCUGCGACCACGCCACAGUAUCACCCCCCUCAAGGUCAUCCAGCGAGCGCCCAUGCACCGUUGCCACAACAAGCACAAGGAAGCGCAUAUCAAGCAAACGGCACACAAAUGCCGUUCCGUCCACCUGGUCGGCCAAUGUCCUCGCCAGGUAGGCCCGGGAGAAGGACGAGCGCGGGUCAGGUGGGACCGAAUGGACAGGAAGAUCGAGAGCGAUGUGUUGUAA